AUGGACACAACUGGUCUGAACCAAAGGUACCAGGACAACAGCCACAGAACCAUUGCCCCGGACAACUGGUCUGAACCAAAGGUUUUGCGUCGGAACUACUUUUCCCACAAGUUCACCCAUGAUCUAGACAGUGGUAUGUUUGACCUCUGGGACAAGAUCUCUGCGACGGACAAGCUGAAGGCCGGUCACCACAUGAAGAUCUGCUCCUACUGGCUGCCCAUCCUGCUGCAGCGCGACCAGUCCAAAGACGUGACCACCUGGGCCAUCUGCAUGGGCCUGGUGGAGCCCAAUAAAGACGUGACCCUGAAGCACAUAGACAAGAUUGAGAUCCUGGAGGCCAUUCUACGCGCUAUGGUCACUGGAACUAUCAAAAAGGCUCAAACCAAGCGGAUCAUAGUGCUCAGUAACUGCUUUCAUAUGCAGUCCCCUGAGGUGCUGGAGAACGCCCUGCAGUGGCUGGAGGGCACCGGAGAACCCAACAUCCGCUCCAGGGUCCUGGAGCUGGGCCACCUGGAUGUCUGCAUCACACUGCUGGCCUUCGUCUUCAUGGAGUUUUCUCAGUACGUGAAGGACAUGUCCGAGCGCUUUCGCCUCGUCAUGCACAGUCUGACGGCUCUGCCCUCGGAGGACAUCAUCAAGAAAUGUGAAGAAAUGAAGACUCUUGGGAACAAAUACUUUCAGAAGAAGCAGUAUGAAGAGGCCGUCAAGUACUACACCAAAGCCAGUAAACUUUACCCUGAGAACCACAUCAUCUAUGGGAAUCGAGCCCUCUGCUACAUCAGAUCCAAUAACUUCAUAAAAGCCCUGGGAGAUGGAAAACUGGCCACGCUGAUAAGUCCAGAUUGGCCUAAGGGACACUACCGUUACUGCGAGGCGCUGUUCGGACUGGGGGAGGUGCGGCGAGCUCUGCAGGCCAAUGUUCAGGCCCAGGCUCUGUGUAAGGACAGCUCUGAAGGCAUCAAGGACCUGGAGGCACAGCACCAGAAGUUCUCCACACACCCCUCCCUGACUAACGCUCGCCCAAAAACGACUGCAUCUCAAAGACCAAAUGUUACCAAUAAUCUCAAGCCAGCGUCCGCACCUGUGGGGAGGCGGGCUUCUCCCUCUCGUGCGGCUCAGUCUCCCAUUAGAUCACAGGCACCUCCAAACAGAGAAAGGCAGAGUGCAGCUCCCCCUAGUGCGGCGGAGAAGACUGCGCCUGUGAGAAAGGAGCCGGAGGCAAAGGUGGAGGAUAAAGCCCAACAGAACAAGAGCGCUGCGACUCCUGGAACUCCAGACUCUAAAGCUGCCAAAAGUGGUAGGUCCUCUGCUCAGGGCAGAGCAGAGUCUACCUCCAAAGGACACGAGGCCAAGAGCGCGAAAAGUGAACAGAAGAAGCACAUGGCUGACCUGUCCAAAGAACUGACCGCUGAGGUCAAAGACGCACACACUGCCCUUGAUGACCUCCGCAACCGCAAUGCAGAGCAGGCCUUCAGCCGCGCCCUGGCCUUGCUGGGCUCUGGGACCUCCACUCAGGUGCCCGGCGUGUCCUCUCUAGACGUGCUGCUGUUGCAGUAUGGAAGAGCCAAAGCUCUCAUACAGAUUGGACGUCCUGAGGAGCUGUCUGAGGCUGUGCAGUUGUUGAACCAAAUCCAGGCCUCAGAGGAGAGGACGUUCCAGUGUCUAGUCUGCCUGGGCUUUGGGCUCGCCUGUGUCAAAGAGAACAGGUUCGUCGCGGCCCUCACUCACUUCUCCGAUGCGGUGCAGAUGGUGAAGAACAAGAUAAUUCCAGGAAAACUCACAUGGCCCACGACCACACACGUGGUCCCUGAGACACAGGUCGACUGUUUACUGAACAUUCUGGAAGAGUCCAUACAGGUCUGCAAGUUCCCGCCUUCACCAAAUGGCGUUUGUCGCUACAACGAACAAUGUGUUGGUUAUUCCAAGAAAGAGAUUUACUUCACAGACCCUGAUUUUAAGGGGUUUAUCCAGCUGCACUGCUGCCACAGCUGCAGACUCGAGUACCACAUCAGCUGCUGGAAGAGCCUGAAGAGCAUGGUCUUCUCUGAGAAGAGUGAGAAGGACUGUCUCAAAGAUCCAUGUCUAACCCCAGACUGCAGCGGGCUGAUAAACCAGAUAAAGAUCUAUGGCCCCACAGGCCUGGUGAAGUGUAAGUUUGAUGUAGCCAUUCCAAAACCUGUGAGCCCCAGAAAGCUUGCGUUCAAGCAGACGUGUACAAGUUUAAAGAAGUUAAAGUCUAAAGAAGAGCGUCAUGUGAAGAGGAAGCAGUAUAAGCAGACGGCAGAGCAGGCUGAAGGCGGGAGCUCAGAGACGGCACAGUUGCAGCCCUCGCCCAAGACACCACCUAGAGCUCGUCUCCACUUCAGGGACCACGUGCUGCUGCAGAUCAGCCAAAACAUGGAGGUGCUGCGGCAGGAGAGCAGCACAUGUGUGUCUGCGCUGGGCUGUAGGCUCCGGCCGUGGCUGCAGUUGGACCUGUACAGAGGGAGUGAUGUGGCUCAGAGGCUUCUGCUGUGCCUGGAGGAGCCGGCAGCCACUCUGGGAGCCGCUGUGGAGUUGCUGCUGGAGGGCAGGAACCGUGUGUGGGCCCGCCUCCUCAUCCAGGCCCUGAGCGAGGCUGUGGACCUGCAGCCCAGAGUCAGCGGCUGGGCCCAGCGCCUGGACCGUGCAGGGCUGAGUGCGGCGCCGUCCUUCCUGGAGCAGUACUACGAGGAGCUGGAGCAGUUGGACCUGUCGCUGCUGCUGCACUUCAGCCCAGUACGGAGGAUCCUGAUGGAGAAGCUGGACAGUCAGCCUGAGCUCAUCUCCUCUCUGGGCGUCACACUCACAGAGUACCUCCUCCAGAGUCCACCCCAGGACAUCCGGCUCUUCAUCUGGGCCCUGGACGAGCACCGCCACCAUUACACCUCCUGCCACUCAAUACUCGACCAAUACUUUGAUUUGAUGGAUGGCCACUGUUCAGUUUUAAAAAAGCCUGAAGAUAAUGAUUUAAGUUCUCCUUCUAAGUCUAAACAUCGGGUCAAAAAGAAAAAGUGCCCAAAGGCUUUUCCGUUGUUUCCGAACCCGUUGGAAGGUGCUGCAGCUGAUAACUGGGACUCUGGUCUGCUGGAAGACGACUCUUUAAAUUUCCUGGAAGAGCCGUUCAGUGUUCCCCCUCACCUUCGCCACCUGCUGACCGACUUUGAAGACCCGUAUAGAAGCAGGAAUAAUGGCAGUCCUACUAAUCAGGCUUCGGCCGCCCCCCCCCCGUUAUCUACAGCCGUUUUAUACGAAUAUUUUAAACAGAUUUUGGAGAAGCACGGUCCUCUGGCGGCAGACUAUCCUUUACUCAUUGGAGAGAUAAAGAACUUUCCGGUAGUGGCUCAGCAGAAGAUUCAUGCAGCAGGGGGACUGGAGGCUUUUCUUCUGUCCUCCCCGGUCUUCACAAAGAUUGGGUCAAAUAUUGGGUUGGCCAGAGCAGAGGCGACCGACAGUCUGGACCAGCUCGACGACUUUUUAGACGCUAACUCUUCGCUUUAUGAUGCAACCUUUUAUAAUCGCCUCAGAGAGACAUGCCCCAAUCUGCCUUGCCCCCCUGUAUUCGACCUGUACACUGACCCUAGUGCACCGGAGCCCCCCUCACCCCCAGUGGCCAGCUCAUCCAGACCCACAGAUCCCCAGGGAGCGAGUCCAGACCAGCCUCCAGUCCAGGACAGCCCUGAACCCAGAGUCAUCCCCGUGGAGCAGUCCUGUGUGGCGGUCAACACGGAGGCCAUCCCAGGCUUUGAAAUUAGCCAGGGGGCUCUCAUCGUCCUGAUGAAGCAGCAGCAGGACAUGCAGCAGCAGAUAAACUCCACGGACGAGCAGAGGGAGAAGAGGAGGCAGCAGAGGGCGGAGGAGCUCCAGGCUUUGAAGGAGGAGCUGGACCAGUCACUCUCCUUCAUGCAGGUGACGCAGCAGGAGCUCGGUCUGUUUCAGAACAAACUGGAGGAGGAGCUGAAGAGGGAUCAAAAGGACAAGAAGGAGCACCAGGAGCAGAUGAGGGCGAUGAAGCAGGAGGUGGAGGCGCUGCACCAGGAACAGCAGAGACUGAAGAGGAGCAUCAGUGUGAAGAAGUCUGCACGUGAAACCCAACUGCAGGACUUCAUCAAACUCAGUAACCAGUCGGCUGCAGAGAAGUUGCGUCUGGAGGAGGAGCUCAAACGCUGUAAAGACGCCGCGGCCAAAGCCUCCAAGAGGUCGUAUGCAGCUCAGCUCAGGGUUCUGCAUGAAGGACCGGAGCAGAGCGGCCUCCACCGGGACAGGUUGCCCCCCCACAGCCUGGACCCCUCUCUGGCCAGGUUGAAAGGGAGCCAGGACAUAGAGAAGAAGAUCUCCAACAUCCAGGCCCAUUACAAGCGGCAGAUGGAGGAGGUGAAGAGUGGGAGCCGUCAGAGUGAGCAGCAGUCUGUGAGUGAGGAGCCGGCCCCUGUGCAGCUCCCUGAGGCGGCUGCUGCACCCCCCACUGCGCCACCUGCUGGGGCUAGUGCUUCUCCAGUCAAGAAGAAGUUGAACCAAAGGAAGGCCCAGGAGGGGCCCGCACCCACAGUGUUUGAGCGGGCCCUGGAGAGCCUGGAGGCCAUCUUCCCCGACACCAGAAGGUCGGAGCUGACGGGACACAUCCAGAGGUUCCGCUCGUCCAAUGGUGGUCUGCAGAGUCUGGGGCUGCAGGACGUGGUCAGUGGGGUCACCCAGCUCAUCCUGGACCAGCAAGAGGAGAGAAACCGCUCCAGAGCUCACUCAGCUCAGACUUCUGCAGCGUCGUCCUCUGCUCAGUUAGCGGCUGCUGCCUCGGCCUGGCAACAUCUGGAGCCUCUGCGAGCGCCGCACGUCAAUGCACUGAACUCUGAGGAUCCCUGCAUCAUCUGCCACGACGACAUGAGCGAAGAGGACACAUGUGUGCUUGAGUGUAGACACAGCUUCCACCAUGAGUGCAUUCGCUCGUGGCUGAAGGAGCAGAGCACAUGUCCCACCUGCAGAGAACACACUCUGCUGCAAGAGGACUUCCCUGCUCUGUCCUCCAAGAGACACAUCUGA